UCAUAUCCUUAUUGUUUGUUGCAGUGGCUUCUUGUUAGAAAGGAUGAAAAUGAAUUGGGGCCAUUUUCUGCUUGGAAUAUAACAGGAACUUAUAGAGGGUCUUGGAGAUUCCUAGAUUCAACAAAUGGCUCUUCCAGGUUUCCUGAUUUUAGGAAGUCCAAUGGCAACUCGGUCCUUGAAUUGAUAAGUAAUCCAACAAAAAUAACUGGUGUCCAUUAUGUUCAGGGUGCAAUAAUUUUCCAUGAUGUUUUUGACAAUGAACAUGGAAUUGGUGGUGCUCAAAUCAGAGUAGAAGGUGUAUAUAUAUGGCCAUUCAGACAACUUCGAAUGGUAGCUUACAGUGGCAAAGAUGGUGAGUUUGGGCAGGAAGAUGAUUAUCUAUUGUCGAAUCCAUAUCACUUGCUUGGAGUUUUCUCAUCCCAGAUCUUCCAGGAGUCUUCUCGAGAUAAGAUUUGGAAAAAGAAACACUCACCGUUUUAUGAGAUGGAGAAACAUUGUAAUAUUGAAAUUGCUGCACAAAUUGCUCGUGUCUCAUCCUCCACUAAUGAUGGUGCUCGUGAUCAUUAUCACCUAGAAGGAUUGAUAGAGAGCCCUUCAGUGGAUGCUGACGGAGACUGUUUCUCACCAAUGCUAUUGAAUGCUACCUCUGUCAAUAUAGAGGUUUAUUACAACAAAGCAGUGAACUAUACAUUGAUGGUCACAUUUAUAUCUUUUCUGCAAGUGCUCCUUCUUAUUCGACAAAUGGAACAUAGCAACACUCAAUCAGGAGCUGCCAAAGUUUCAAUUCUGAUGAUUGGACAACAGGCUAUCAUGGAUGCUUAUCUUUGUCUUUUGCAUCUGACCGCUGGAAUACUUGUUGAAUCCCUUUUCAAUGCUUUUGCAACUGCUGCAUUCUUCAAGUUUGUUGUCUUCUCGAUAUUUGAGAUGAGAUAUCUUCUUGCUAUAUGGAAAGCGAAUAGGCCAAUGAAUAGUGGAGAGGCUUGGGAAGCAAUGAGGCGUGAACUGUCAGUACUUUACGGCCGUUUCUAUGGGAUCCUUUUAGGUGGUAUAUUGGUCAUGUACGAGUUUCACAAGCUUCUACGCCCUAUUCUUCUCCUUUUACACUCUUUUUGGAUACCUCAAAUUGUAACUAAUGUUAUUCGUGACUCGAGAAAACCGUUGCACCCUCAUUACAUCCUGGGAAUGAGUAUAACUCGUCUGGCAAUCCCAUUAUAUGUCUUUGGCUGUCCUCACAAUUUCAUGCGUAUAGAGCCUGACAAGAAUUGGUCCAUUUGCUUGGGAGUUUUUAUGGCGUUGCAGGCGGCAAUUCUUCUUCUGCAGCACUAUCUUGGAUCUCGAUGGUUCAUUCCACGUCAGAUUUUACCCGAGAAAUAUAACUAUUACAGAAGGUUUGAUCAGGGUGCCAAUAGUGCCGCUGAUUGUGUUAUUUGUAUGGCUGCUAUUGAUCUUACUCAACGUUCAAAUAAUUGCAUGGUGACACCUUGUGAUCAUUUCUUUCAUUCCGGUUGUUUGCAAAGAUGGAUGGACAUAAAGAUGGAAUGUCCAACAUGUCGACGUCCUCUUCCACCAGCCUGAAUAGAUGUUAUUUCUUGAAUUCAUAUUGAUAUAGAGCAACUGACAUUGCUCAACCUGUUUAAAAAGGUUGGCAGACUGAGAGCAUACUUAAGAAGACUUCACUAAGUUAUUGAAAGUUAACACAGAUUCACCAGACUGCUGUGCAGAUGACCUGUAAUGUACAUUAGUAAUGUAAUAGCUUGUUCAAGUGAUAACUGCCUAUUCUUUUCUUGUAUUACACCACAAACAGAUUUCUUUAGAAAUACAUUUACUUGAGUCUAGAGCAAACUAUGUGGGAAAUGUGUAGUUAUUUCCAAGUAGAGAAUUCUAGACGGAAAGCUGAUAUCUUUGGCUGGGGAGCCCUAAGAUCAGAGACCUAUCUUCAAGAUGUAAAUUACAGGUAAAUAGCAAAUAUGUUUGGUUUUCAAGAACAAGUGAUGUGUAUAUCAAUCUUGAAUUCUUGCAA